CACUGAAUGAUUUAUUAUAAAAAUACAUUAUAGUUUAUUAUAAGAAAAAAAAACAUGGAUUUCAAUUCUAAUAAUGAAAAUCAGAACAAACGAAAUCGUUACUUUAAUAUUAUAUUCCUAGGAAUAUUUCUUACUGAAAUUAUAAUUUACAUUAUAGGCAUAGUUAUAUUACCAAUAAGAUCAGACUGUUUGAUUAUACUUGUCUCUGUAAUCUUUAUAUCAGGAAUUUAUACCUUUUUUAAAAAAACUUUACUUUAUUUAUCAGCUUUUUGUGUGGUAAAUGUGAUACAAUGUAUUAUUUUAAUUGAUUUUGCGAGUCUUUAUCGUUACACGAUCAUACUCCGUAAGAGCGAAAUCAAUAAUGCCUUGGUAGAUAAUAAUUAUUACGAUAUUCUUUUAUUGUCAAGUACUAUAAUUUAUAUUUCUUCAUUAUCAUUAUCAUCAAUUUACGUUAAUUCUCUAAUAACAUUAUUAAAAAAAAAAAAUUUCAUGUAAAGUUACAAAACUUCACGUUAUUAAAAAGUUUUACGAAGAUAACGGAUUAAAAAAUGAGUUUGAUGAGAAGAAAUACAGAACAACAUUUAUUAUUCCAAAUAUUAUUGCUAUUGUUUUAAUAAUAGUUUUUGUUAUUCUAUAUAUUAUAUUAAUUUUUAU